AAAAUUCUCACCAUCUCAAAUUGACGCAUAGUCAGACUGGUUACGAGUCUAAUCACAACUUCCUUCAUCAUCCCAGGCCUAGAAGCAACUACGUCAGUGUGACAUCCAAAGUGAUAUAUAUACGCGGCCCGUUCAGAUAACAUGACUUUCACAUCCGUAUCGUUACUCGAUCACCUGACACCCUUAUCUUACGCCGCUGCCCUUAUAAGAACGUCCAAUACGUACGAAUGACCUCCUGGACCUCAACCCUUCUCUCUAGAACCACGGGCACAGAUCGAGGGCAGUGGAGCUCGUGUGACGCAGAGAGCCUGGAUCGAGCUUAGGCCCAACGACGUAUUUCUUGCCUGAAUUAUAGGAUGGACAGGGUUCUUGCUUCUUCCCUUGCUGCCGUUGAGCAGUUUCGUACUCUAGGACCGCUGCCUAGCAUUCUCCUUGCCGCCGCGGCGAUUUUUCUGACGUACAGCUUCGUUCAGUCGAGAAGGAGAUCCUCGAACGUUGUUCAUACGUCACGCGUCACCGAGAAAGAUAGGAAUGUGAACAAGAAUAGAGAACCGGGCGACUGGAUCGCGGAGGAAUUCAAUUAUCCCGAGAUUGAUCCAUGCCCCUUCCCACUGAAUGACGUGCGCCCAGUACCGUAUAGACCAUUUCGGUAUGGCGAAUAUCAAAUCACAAUGGGUAUUCGCACGAUGCCCUGGAGUGAAUGGAUUGAACUAGACUCUACCUACCCGCACUGGCAGCGUGUGCGCAAGUUCCGCGUUCGCACGCGCGGACAUGACGCCGUGCGCGUUCUUCCCGCCCGUGAAGACGAAUCUGUCAAGGUCCAAGGCGGCGCAUGGGCAGCCAAGGAACUCGUGUAUGAACUAGCAGAGUACCUUCCGCGGCGAUACCCAUCGAGUUUUCGAGUAACACGAUUUCCGAACGAUGUACCAGCACCGUCCAUUGGUGGCAUAUCACUCGCUUGGGGACAGCAACAGCCCGUGCAAACCAUCGAAGCGGUUGAGACAGGAGAGAAAUUUGAUUUGAGGGUGCUGGAGGGUCUGGACGGCGUUGAAAUGGGCGAGGAGGCCAUGAGGAUCACUGCAGGGCUUAUACAAGAAGACGUGGCACUGAUGAUCGAGGGGACGGACGGCAGGUACUAUUUCCAGGCAGGUGCGAUCUGCAUUCCCGGAUUCUGGCGCAUGCGGGACAAGAUCGGGAUGGCCCUGGAUGAUAUUCAUAUUUCAGGAAACGUUCCACGGUUCAAAGAAAAAUUGCAGACCAGUAUGGAAAAGUUUUUCAAACGGAUGCCGGUGGACAAGCCGGUGAUUCGAAAUAAUUAUUUUAUGCAAACUUGCAAGCCGUCGACGCACGUGGCAAAUGCCGACGUUGAGGCACGACUGGAUGUCGAGGAAGAGAGCGCUUGCGAUGUCGAUCCAGAAGAAUUAGGUUGGUCAGAAUCGACGAAUGGACCGGAGGAUACAUUUUUACAUGGACACGGGCAUGCUGCCCAACCUGCACCGUACCUCGCGCCGUCGACACUACGACUCCGAUCGGAGCGGCAGACUUUGCGUCGGCUUCCUCGGACAGGAGCGAUUGUUUUUGGAAUUCGCACGUACUUGUUCAAGAUCGAGGAACUGGUUCGGGAGCCAGGAGUAGCUGAUCGGCUUGCAAGCGCCAUAAGAAGCUGGCCUGAUGAUGUUGGGGUAUACAAAGGGCGUAAGAUGUACGCUGAUGUGAUACUGAAAUACUUGGAUGAAUGUGCAGCGCGGGAUGGGAAGCAAGUAGAGGGACGAGGAUACCCAUAUUGAGGGUAUGUAGGAGGGGUGGGGUAAAUUAUGCGGAUCAUAUGUGAAGGGGGUGUUGCCACGGGAUGACGAACAUAGUACAUGGCUAAAUUAGGGGUGAAGAAUUACAAAUGACGUGUCGGAUGUGCUUAAAGUAGGAAAUGAUUGC